GUCACCAGGCGGAGCAGCAGGCACCGAAUCAUCUGGCAUGACAGCGGGCACCGAGUCAUCUGGCACGACAGCGGGCACCGAGUCAUCUGGCAGAACCGCGGGCACUAGGUCACCAAGCUCGACAGCAGGCACCGAGUCAUCUGGCGCGAUAGCGGGUACCGAGUCAUCUGGCACGACAGCGGGCACCGAAUCAUCCGGCAAGACAGCGGGCACCGAGUCAACUGGCAGGACAGUGGGCUCCAAGUCAUCUGGCAAGACAGCAGGCACCGAGUCAUCUGGCAAGACAGCGGGCACCGAGCCAUCUGGCACGACAGCGGGCACCGAGCCAUCUAGCAGAACCGCGGGCACUGGGUCAGCAUGCUCGACAGCGGGCACCGGGUCAUCUGGCUCGACAGCGGGUACCGAGUCAUCUGCAUAAUAGGACCAUCAGGCUGGGUAGACACAUCAAGCUGGGUAGGGUACACUGGGUCAUCGGGCAUG